CUCGAUGCGAAGCUUGAAAAGUUAAUAAUGAAGAAAACAUGGCUAUUCUUAUAGGUCCAUUGACUGUUGCCGCAAUAACUGGCAUUUCUGCAGGSAUUCUUCUCUCCCUAGCAUUAAUCAUUGUAUGUAGUUUUUGCGUACGAUUAAAAAUCCAUAAAAAAUGCACGAAAUGGCURAUAAAMGUACUUCCAAUGUCUACCAAAUACGAAGAUUUUGAUGACGUCCCAGACAUAACAGCCGGAGACACACCUGAAGAUUURCAUGAAAGUCUUCAACAAAUAGAAAGCGUUYUGGAAAGCUCAACAGCUUCUACAGAAAGCCGGGAUAAAGACGGAGAUUUCAGUGAAAAUCCAUGCAUGUUACAAUUCUCUUUAUUCUACGACUACCACGAGAACCGCUUGCACAUAAACAUUAUUUGCGCCCUGAAUGUACCGACGCGCUGGCAUGUAAGAAACUCAAAGACUCAAGUCCGCUUCCAGCUCCUCCCGGACAUYGAUAAUAUAUUCAGUACAGAAAUACAAACGGGAGGAAAACAACCGAUAUUUAACGAAUCGUUCGAGUUUGUUGGCUAUUCGACGCAGGAAUUGGUGGAUGUUACUAUGCGCCUUGGGGUUUAUACGUAUGACCGAUUCAGCCGAGGCAAGUUGUUGGGAUACGUUUCUGUUCCCUUUGAGUCCAUUGAUUGGGACCCAGAUGAAGUGAGCAUACUAUGGCGUAGUGUGGGUAUACCGGUGAUCAGAGAAAGAACGACAAGUUUUCUCAAGGGUCGUAUGCUACAUCUAUCUCUACGUUAUCAAGCUCAUGCCAACAGAAUCAGUGUCAUUAUAUUAAAAGGGACGAACCUAGGAAGGCCCAGUAAGAUCAAAAUUACAGCGCCGUACAUAUGUGUGAUGCUAUCCAWGGAUGGUAAAAUCCUCGACACACGACAAACAAAACGAAAGAGGUCAACGAAUCCUGCAUGGAACAAGGCAUUUCUCUUCGACGUCGAUUCGACUCGCAUACAACAAUAUACAAUAACGGUCAGAGUGAUGAACUACGACUUGUUGCUUAGUGACGAGUGGAUUGGAGAAGUGGUGAUCAGUCCUUACUCGGAUGGAAGUGGACGUGAGCACUGGGAAGAGAUGAUGAAGCGCAAAAAUAUUAACCGUGAAACGGCAAUGUGUCAUCAGUUGACGUAAUGGUUACAGUAUGCAAAGAGUCGCUCUAUAUUUCAUCCUGUAGUGAAAAUGAAUAUAGUUCCUAUCUGUUGGUAAAGAAAACAAAACAACAAUAGAUUCAGAGCGUGUUACCAACUAUUCGUCUCACUAAUUUUUCACGGACAAAUAAAAACGACUAUUAGGUCAUGAACAGGCGACAAAACCUGUGUAACACCACUGCCAUUUAUGUAUGGUGAAUAUAUUUGGACAUAUAGUUUAAAGAGAACUAGGGAAGGGUUUUCAUUUUACUACAUGUAAAUAUUUCUGCAAAAUGCAAAACUACAAAAUGAUGCAGUCGAUGGCCUUGCAGUCGAUGGGGACUUGCAGUCGAUGUAAAAUGAUAAACCUUCUCGUAGUUCKAUUUCCAUUGAUAUGGUGUUUUUACUAUAUUUUCCGAAACUAUAUAGAGCGGAUUUCGUAUGAGUGGGAAACGGACGGUACUGUAUACGGUGACCGUAAUCGUACUGUAACCAAAUUCUAGUGCCCAUUGGUUCACAAAAAUUGUGCAGGCCAGGUCCGGUAACUGUGCGGUAACGGUGUCCCACUCAUACGAAAUCCGCUCUAUCCCAAAGUAAACUGACUCCUCCAUAUAGAAUUUAGAAAAAAUACAAGCACUGAAUGAAAACUAUUAGUUGGAUACCGCGGUUUAAUAAAUAAAUAAAAACUUUUUUCACACAA